AGUAUACGUCGAAUCGAUCCCAUGCCGCGUGUCAUUCUACAAGUUGCCGUCCUAGCGUGUACUUCGAUCGCUCGAGUUGCUCAACUAAUCACCUGAAUAAUGCGUCGCGGAUUCUUGACUCUGCUCCUAGUGGCGCUGGCAGUACUGGCUGCUGUGGGCAUGGCUGACACUGAACACGAGGAGGUGGCGAUCGACGUAGACAGCGACCUGAUUGUCGAGGGGGAUACGCUUGAGGCACAACCUGAGACGGCCGAGACUCCGAGCGAGGAUGACGCUGUGCCCGUGCACGAGAUCGACCCGCGCUUGACGCCCGAGGCCAUGGAGAAGGUCUUCUCGAAGAUGUCGGCCAAGUGUCUUAAGCAGGUGCAGGAGAACCCGACGGACCCUACGAAAGUAUCUGAGCGCUGUCGCGCCGAGGUUGGACGUCGGAUCCAGCGCUACCUAGAGCGUCUGGAUAAGGAAGAGAAGGGUGAGACAGAGAAGAAGACGGAAAAGACCGAAAAGAAGCAGAAGCGUCGGAGCCGCAAGAGCAAGAAGCAGACGCGUGCUCAGCGCGAGGCUGCCAAGGCCCAGAAGAAGGAAGAGGAGUAUCAGCAAACGCUGCAGACCAUUCUUGUCUUUGUCGUGACGCUCGUGGCCAUCAUCGCUGGCGCCAUGUUCUACAUCAACCGAAAGCUCAAGGCUGCUGGUAUGUACUUCCCGGACCCAGAUGCCAAGGCCACCUGCUGCAACUAAGUGUUAACUAGGCGUAGACAGUAACGUGUCCUCCGUUAGUAUCGGAGACUUGCGUAGAAAUGCAUUUGCUAGCAUUCAGUACAUUUACUGAAAGCCAGACGUCUAUGGAUUGCCUGUACCUAGGUACUAGUAUUUGUUGAUGGUGCUAUUUCUUCCCUAGAAUCCGUGGCGCUAUUAAACAACCUCAAUGGAGCCGUGCUUGAAUCCGUU